CGAGCUGCCCGGAAAAUGGCGGCGCUGCCUGUGGCGGGACGGAUGGGGUAUCGCCGCUGCCGCGGCCGCCAUGCCCGCUAGCCGGCGGAGGGGCCUCUGCCUCAGGUCCGCCGCCCCGAGGAGGCGCAGCGCCGGCGAGGAGCAGCUUACCCGGCAGCGGGCGGAGCUGCCCGCCGGGGAGGGGGCGGCGGAAGGCGGUGCGGGCCGGGGCCUGCCCGCGGGGGAGGGGCCGUGCUCGCCCCACGCUGCAGAGUCAUGUUUACAUAAGACACCAAAGAGAUCGUUGAGUAGGAAAUUCCGAAUAUCUACUUUCAGCUCUCCUAUUAAUGACACUGASACACAGCAAGAAAUCUUUUGGGAUUCUCAUUCACCAGUUGCACCCAGACUAGGCAAUGAAAAAAUCAAGCAGUCUACGAGUAGAUGCGCAGUGGAAAUUUCAGAAAUUGUUAAUCGUAUUGCUCCUCAGGAUGAAAAAGCAGCCUGUAACGAAGGCUCCCUUUUAGGAACAUGGAUUGGUGAGGAUGCUAUUCCCUGUACACCUGGAGUAGUAAAAGGGCGAGCUAGGAUAAAGUUAAGUUGUACAAGAGAUCUUAAAACAAAAAAUCCUGAAGAGGAACUCAUGAAAUUGGCUAAGGAGUUUGAUAAAAAUCUAGUUGAGUUAGAUGCUGUUCAGGAACAGGAGAAGCUUGGUCGCAGCUUCAUCCAGACCACCUCGGGGCCUUCAAGUAAUUCUAAAGAUGAAAUAAAUACGAAAAACCAGAAAUCACUCCUCGAUGAAGGUUCUGAAACAGAUAUUGCUGUGUCCCUGAAACCAGUUGGACAGAGCACUGGCAUCCCUGUGGCAGAGCCCUGUCAGUCUAGCAGUCAAAAGUCUGUAGACCUUGAGGCUGAAGUAGCCCUUCGUGCUCUUUUUGACUGCUCUACCCAGAAAUGCAGUGGACAGUUGAGCCAAGAGCUGUCAGGURUUUCUUUAAAUACUAGUUUUCAUAAAAUUAAAAGCACCGUGGAGUUGGAUCACAUUCCUGAGACAAUUGAAGACUCACAAUGUGGCAUUUCAGAGGCAUCUCAAAAAGAUACUUUGUUUGCAGUUGGAAGCAUGGACCAAACUGCACCAAAACCUGAUACUGACACCUUGACAAAAAGRAAUCCUUCUUAUUUGAAGAUGCAGUCGGUGGCCUCCACUAAACUUGCUGGAGUUGUUAAUGAUGACUUCGAUGACUGGGAUACAGAUCUUUUGGCAGAUGACUCUUUUGUGAUGCAAAUAACCCAAAAUCCUGAAUUGAUAAAUACCGAAGAACCACCACAAAUUCCUGCAAAUCGGAUUGUGCAUGAUUUCASUGAUGCUGGCAGAACAAAGCAAAGUAGUGGCAAUUCAGUAACUCUUUUGGGUACUGGAAACAAAUCUAACAGUUUGCAGUAUUCACCUUUGAAACAUUCUAGUAAAAACUCAAAAAAUGUUAUAAAAUCUCUGUCUUUACAAAAGUCAUGUAAGACAGAAARCUUAAACAUAGAGACCAAGGCAUUGCAUGCCAAAUGUGACAUUAAGCCAGAUAAAAUAAAUUCUGCUUGGAAAAGUGCCCAAAACAGUGAUUUAAACUAUACUUCUGCUUCAAUGCAGUCUGAAGUGAAGAAUGGAAAUGACUCUACCAAGCCUAAAAGUGAUGUUCUUCCUCUUUUUCCUUCAAGAUUUAAUCCUCAUAGACAACCAGCAGGAAAACCUGGGAGUAAUGCUCGUACAGUUUCCUGUCAGUCACCCAGUGUUUCUACCAAUAUGAAACCUAAUGAUCYAACCAAAGUGAUUAACCAAGCUAAUGCAGGUCACUCAAAUCAAGUUGAAAUACCAAAGAAAUGUCCUCUGUUACUUGAUGACUGGAAUGAACCGAAAUUCUCUGAUGAGAUAUUAGAUAUGUUUUGUGAAUCUGAUAGUCUUUGGGAUGCAAAYUGUGAGGAUGAUGAAUUGUUAUAUCAGGUGUGUGAUGAUAUAGAAAAGCAGACUCAGAGCCAGGAUGUUAAACAAGGAAAUGAAAAAACUAAGACUAUACAAGGAGCCAGUAUUAAUUCCAGAUCAAAUCCUGAUAACAGCUUCCCAGCACCUAAGMAAGGGCUACCUGAUCUCCUCUUGGCUCAAAAAACAAAUACAAAACAGGAGGCUCUAUCACUAAAUUAUUCCUGUAGGAAUUCAUCAAAGGCAAUGCAUGGGCUGGCCACAACAGGUCAUGUAGUGAACUGUAAGAACGUCUCAAAUCCUCAGACUGUGAUGUCGGGUCCUUCUGUGGAGUGUAAAUACACACUGCCUAAAAACUGUCAUCAAGAUGCUUCUGAAGAUACUGCAAAGACUGUUUCAGGGAAAUGGUACAGGUCAAAUUCUGUGCCAGCAGGAGAGAUGGGUUCUGAAGUAAGUCCUGUUAGUGCAGUAAAUAUUUUCAGUAGCAAAGCAGUAGACAGCCCACAUAUCUUGUAUAAUGCGGCAAAGAUUCCAAGUAGCAGCUCUGGUAACAAAACUUCACUUGUGCCUUCGAAGUUUAAAUUCCGAAAGAUUAACAGUUCUCAGGGUGGUCUUCAUGUAGGGUCUGAAAAUCCAGGGAGUCAUUCUGGCAUUGGAAUUAUUCCGCUGCAUUUGGAAGGAAGYGAAAAUCAGGUGAAUGUGACUUUGCACAGCAAGCUUGACAAUAAGAAGUCCCCUUUCAAGAGGCAUCUUUCAGAGUCUUUUGUACAGACUACAUCAGUGUCUAUGGUAGAACAGAAAAGUAGAAAAUGUUCUCAAGAAGAGAUUGAAAGAAAGAAACAAGAAGCUCUUGCACGAAGRAAAUCCAGAACACUGGCAUUCGUUAAAGAUGCUUGAACUUGGAGUUUUGUUUGUGGAAUAAGCUCUUGAUAAGGAAAUACUGUAAUUCUAGAAGACACAUUUUAAACUGUUCACAGCUAUUGAUGGCAARCUUUUUCUGUUUUCCAAUUUUAAAAGAUCUGGACCUGAACCAUAACUAGUACUCAGGAGGUGUUUUGUCUUAAUUAAAAACUAUCAGUUAUACAUGUGUAGUCCCAAACUACCUUCAACAAGAUGAAGAUUCUGCUGAGUUCACAUGUUGAAAUGAUAUAGCCUGGAAAUCAUGGAAGUAUUGGUAUAUAUACAUAAUGAAGGUGUCAAUAUAUUAUUGAGAGUGUUCUAAUCWGUAAGACUCUCAAGUACACACAUACUGUGAAAUAUUAAUGCUCUCAGGUAGAAGAAGGUUUUAAAAUUUUGUGUUAAAUAAAGUACAAUCUAGGAGACAUCCAAUGUCAGAAAACUAACAGAACUGAACAGGCUUUGGAAAGUGUGCUCAGUUUGUCUUCGUUACCUGAGGUAUGAAUUGUACAUAAAGWAGGAAGAAUUUAAUCCAAAGGUUUUAUUAGGUGCAAAAGUGUUGAGAAAUAUAUGAUGAGUUGGAUUGGUUUACUGAUCUGACUGAAAAUUAACCCAGAAAAAUGCGAAUGACAUGUUAUAUUUUUUUAAUUCCUUUCCAGAAGAUGUGGAAAUACCUCAAUUAAAUUGGAUCUCUUUUUUCUAAAUGCGCAUCACCGAACUAAUUAAAAAAAAAGAUAGCCUAUGCUAUUUUACCCAACCAUGAGCAAUAUAUAAUGCACCAGGUGAAAUCUCAACAACUAUGUAUCAGUUUAGCUAUAUGGUUGUACAUAUUUUCAAACGAGGCUGCUAAAAUACAAAAACUCAAUGUCAUGUCAACUUAACAGGCUGAUAGAAUUUUUGAUAUGAUAGAUGGGYGUAGUGCUCAGACUGUAAAAACUGCCUCUGGGUAAGCUGUAAGAUAUUUUUCAACUGAGAAAUGCUUAUAUGUAAACAUGUGACACUAUGAAAAGUGACUGUAAUUUUUCUUUGUAAAUAAAUAACUUGGAAAUGUUCUCCAAAGGUUGGAGGAAGCUUUUUGUUUCUACAGUGUGCCAUUUUUGUAACUUAAAAAUGUAAGUAUUGUAUAUUUGUA